AUGUGGGCCCGGAGGACGAAGUUGUUGACGGUGCUGCGUAGUGUGACCGGAGGACGGUCUGGGGGAGCUGCAGCUGUACACAGUGGGCCCGGCCCGUUCUUUGCUGCUAUACCUGCACCUGCCGGACAUGGGGCCUUAUGUGUGCCCCGGAGGAGAUCAUGUGUCCUGCAGAGGAUCUGCCCACACAGCACGGUUUUCUGGGAUUACCAUACACCGAGCUCGGAUGUGGCCGCAUCGAACAGCGAGUGGGAGAGGAGAGCUGAGGAUCUGGCAGAGUUUAACAUCAAUGUACUGGUGAAUUUACUGCGGCAGGAAAAUGGCAAAGACCUGUGUGUCAUCCGAAUUCCUCAAGAGAUGAAAUAUGUUGAAUAUUUUGUUAUUGUUGGAGGAACCUCAACAAGACAUCUUAAAGCUUUGGCACAGUAUACCCUGAAAGUGUAUAAGUAUUUGAAGAAAGACGUUGAGUCGCAUGUUUGUAUAGAGGGACAGGACACGGAUGACUGGAUGUGUAUAGACUUUGGUAAUAUUGUGGUUCACUUUAUGCUGCCGGAAACUAGAGAGGCCUACGAACUGGAGAAAUUGUGGACUUUGCGAUCACAUGAUGAUCAGUUAUUGCAGAUGGUGCCAGAGGUUUUACCAUCAGAUUUUACAUUUGGAUUUCAGAAAACAGACUGAGCUGUUCAUUGUGAUGAUUUCCUGGAAUUAUCUGAACUGAAU